ACAUUUGCAAAGCUAUGUGGGGCCUGACAAGUUAAACAAGAGGCCCCUGCGCAGCUUCACAGCUCCUCAAGGCUGUCUCUGGUCUGGAUUCAGAAUCUCCCUGGCAGGAAUGGAAUGGAAAGACUCUCCGGGGUGGGGAAAGAGGCUGCAGCCAGAUGCGCGUCACAACAAAAGGAGCGAAUUUCCCCGAAAGGGGAAUGGAUGGGGAGGCCAAGACGAGGCUGGCCAAAUUCUUCGUGUUGUGCCUUUCACUCCCUGCUGAAGGAACACGGAGCUGCCGGUGUAACGUGAAUCUUGAAUAUAGCCAAGAAUUUGCCUUUGAUUCCUUGCUGUGAAUCUCCCCUAACCGCAAAAUGCAUUUUAUUGCUACACUCGCUCUCCCACUGUUCUGAAACUUAAACUUACUAUGCAGCAUUACGGUUGUGAAAUGCAAUCCUGACUAAAGAGGAGACAAUACCUCAUAUGUUUGCUUGACGAUAUCUAAACAAUGGCAACGCAUCAAGGGAGAAUGGCUAGCGGAAGGGUGGUGUACAUUCCUGCAAUUGCUGCGAACAUAAUCCAGGCAGGCGAGCAGAUCCCUGGUGCUGUUAUCCAACCAGCAGGGGCAGCACAAUACAUGCCAUACGUUGGCCAGCAGGUUGGAAGCCCCAGCAACCAACCUCAGCAUGUGAAGACAUGGGAAAAACUCCUCAAAAUGGAGACCAAGACUCUGGGGACUGUUCAGAUCUUAAUUGGAUUAAUGCAAAUUGGCUUUGGAGCACUCCUACUUUUUCUUAUUGGUCACUCCUAUAUAUCUUUUGCUGCUGUUGGAGGUUAUCCAUUUUGGGGUGGAGCAUUUUUCAUUGUUUCAGGAAGCAUGUCGAUGUCAGCAGAGAAACAUCAAACACGCUGUCUGGCGAAGUGCAGUGUGGGAAUGCACAUCACAAGCUCUGUAAUGUCAGCAGCUGGCACCAUUCUAUAUAUAAGUGAUCUGGCUUUCAAUCGAGGCAAUCCUUAUUAUUGGUCACAGAACAUAGGCUUUGGUCUCUCUUUCCUGCUCCUCUUGUUCAGCUUGCUGGAGUUCUGCAUCACCGUUCUGAUGUCACACAUUGGGUGCCAGGAGAACUUCUAUAAUCUUGAGACGGCAAUGGUUUUUGUGCCAAACUCUGUCAGCAGUGAUGCCUUGAUUCCCACAGAAAACAAUCUUGCUCCUCCACGCUAUGAUCCUAUGGAUUUUUCUCCAUAGACAGAAUAAAGAACCCAAGUGUGAAGUUUUGGGAAGUGCAACUGCAGCAAAGCAACAGCAGCAAAGCAACAAUAAUCAAUAUUAUCAAUUGCUUUUUCUUUCUGGUGCAUAUAUUCAUCUAGUCUGGAUAUGUGGUAGGACUGCGAUUGUUAGUAGAUUAAUCUAUUGAUUAAUUGAUUACCACAGGGGUGAUAAACCCUAAACCCUCCUCACCACCUUUCCUUUUCCCAAAUUUAUCGACGGCAAGGAGUGGCACCACAGAGGUCAACCACCACUAGGCCCUAUGAUCCUCGGAUGAAGGGUGGUAUAGAAAUUUAAUUGAUUGAUUGAUUGAUUGAUUGAUUAAUAAUCAGGCCCAGUGUCAGCACCCAGCAUGGUUGGGCAAAUGGCAAGACUGACACCAGUUCCUGACAUCCUUUUGUUUGUUUGUUUCCAGAAAUAUUUUUUUUAUGCAGCAGUCUGAUAAACUAGCAGCUGUCAGAUUUCAGAUAAGGAGACAAUUGUCCCUUCCCUGUAAACUAGGGCAGCCAUAUGUCCGGAUCUUACCAGGUUUCAAAGGCGGAAUUGAUGUCCCGGGGGAAUUUCCGAAAGGCUGCGCUUUGUCCUGCCUAAGCAAGUCAAUCCAAAAAUUGGGUGUCCUGGUUUGUACUUGAGAAGUUCCGCUUAUCAGUGUCAAAGAGUGAAACAUCUUAAGUGGAGGCAGCAAGCAACAGCACCAUGUCUAGAACUGCCUGAACUCCUGCCCCCCCCCCCAAUGCUGGAAGGGGGAAAGCCUUUAAGAAGCUCCUGUUUAAAUACCCAGUUCUGAAGCAUGGAGAGCUGCUGCUGGUCAGUGUGGACAUCACCAAGCUGGAUGAACCCAAUGAUUUGACUCUGUAUAGUGACCUAACUUCCUGUGUUCUCUGGUUCCAGGCUAAAACUACCAGUUCAGCCCAGCAGCAAGCACAAAAGUUUGUAUUAAAAGCAAUUGCUUUGCAAGUAGAAGAGCAACCACCAAAUCAGAUAGGGCUUCAAGCAAGCAUUUUGCCUUAUCAGCAAUUGGUACCUCGUGCCCAUGUGUCAAGAGCAAGCUUGGGAGGGGUGGGAGGAAUCAGGCAUGGGUGGCGUCGUGCUCUGCAACCCUGUAUAAAUGCUUUCUACUUU